AUGGUUGAUACCACCCAUGUGGAGUCUGGCAUCCAGCCUCAUGAUGAGGCGGACUUGACCGAUGAUCAGAUUCAACAGCUUUUGCUGGAAGCUGAAGGUCGAUUACGCGGGUCUAACGGGCAGCUCGUCCCAGACCUAGACGCCGCGUCCCUCAGAAUCCCCAAGCUGUCUCCGGGGUCUACUCUCGAGCCAUAUGUUCACCAGGGUGACGAGAUUGCUACCGUUGACUCGGCCCAGCUGAUCGACCCUAAGCAGAAGGAGCUGUCCAACUCGCUCCGAUCGGUACAAGUCCCGAUGCACAGUGCCUCCAAGAAAGACAAACCAACGGCAGGCCCCGACUGGUUCGACCUUCCGAAGACAGUAUUGACCCCAGAGCUCAAGAGAGAUCUGCAGCUGCUUCGGAUGCGUUCCGUUCUUGACCCCAAACGGCACUACAAGAAGGAAAACGGCAAGGCCAAGCCUCCGGAAUUCUCUCAGGUGGGAACCAUCAUCCAAGGCCCGACAGAGUUCUUCAGUGGCCGAAUCACGAAGAAGGAUCGGAAGAAGACAUUUGUCGAGGAGGCCAUGGCCCUCGAGCGGGAGAACAGACGCUUUGAAUCGAAGUACCGGGACAUCCAGAGCGUCAAGCAGAGCGGAAAGAAGGCAUUCUACAACAACCUACGGGCCAAGAGAAACCGUAAAAACAAGUGA